CCCAGACCCAAGCUCAACCGCCAUUCGUUGUUACUCGCGACUUGUUACAGCGAAGAACGCGAACGUUAGCAACUUCAAACCAGUGAAGCUAUCGAGUCGGAGGAUUUGGAAGAAUGGCCAUGGCAGCAGUGGCAAGACCACCCUCAAUUGCAUUGCUAACAAGACAAAGGCCCAAACCCAGGUGGGUCUUCACCCCUCUGGCUGCUUCUUCAUCCUUUUCAUCGUCGUCCCCUUCUUCCUCUGCUCCGCUAAGAAAGCUCGUUCUCUACUCUAAGCCCGGUUGCUGUUUGUGUGAUGGCCUCAAAGAAAAACUCCAGGCUGCGUUCUUAGUCUCCGCCCCUGAUUCCCUCCACGACAUUGAUUUACAGAUAAGGGAUAUCACCAGCAACCCUGAGUGGGAAAGGGCUUAUCAGUAUGAGAUACCCGUGUUGGCUAAAGUACUCUCUGAUGGCACUGAGUGUAAGAGGAAGAUACAAAGAAAACGAAGUAUUGGAAUGCUUUUCAGGGACUGGAGCAGUGCACCGAGUACAGUAAUUCGAGUCUUUUUUCGGUGGCUUUUUUGGGAUGUCAUUUGCUUGUGGGUUUUCUAAAAUAGGACUUCUAAGGGUUGAAAUGACUUUAAAUUUUUUGUCGAAGUGCUUAUAAUUUUUUUAUUUUUUUAUUUUUAUAAAAUAAAAUUAAAAAAAUAAAAAAUAAAAAUAAAUAAAAAUAAAAAUUGUAGUAGAUCUUGAUGAUGAAAGGAUUAGGAAAUCUUAGAAUCUCACUUGGCCUUCUAGGAAUCUCACCUAGAACAGUGUUUUCAUAAAUAAGAGAGCUAACUUGCAGAAAAGUUAAUUCAUAAAAAAAACUCAUUGAUUGUUUUUACAAUACUUGCUUACAUGAAAGCAAUAUACUAACACCAUACAGAUACUUUGAAAAGAAGAUGGCUUUUAUAUGAUUAAGCAAGACUCAAAAAAUAAACCCAACUAAGAGUAAAAUCAGGUAGACCUGUAACCAUACAAGUUUUAAACACAAAUUGAACAACUCAAAUCUGCAAGUUUACUAAAACUGACCUAAGAUGAAGUUGUCAGAAUUCUUCUAAUUCAAGGAGGCCAACCAUUGAUCUAACAAUGAAAACUAAAAGUAUUGUUCCAGAAUCCAUGGUGGGGCUAAAUGGUGGAAGUCAGAUUGACUUUGCAUAUUAGGAAUGCCUUCUCAAAAAGAGAGCACUCAAUUAUCAUAGAGAAAUGGCAACAUGAUUGUUUCUUUCUUCUUUGCUCUUUUUAAUUUAUAUAUUUUUUUUAUAAGGCAAGUCUUCUUUGCUCCUUUAUUUUCUUUCUUCUUCUUUUUUUGCCCAAGGAGAGGGAGAGAGAGAGAAAUUUGAAUUAGUGACCUUCGCUUUAUGAGCGCGGUCCCCAGUAGAUUGAAACUUGUAAGCUACCAGCCUUGGAAGGGCUUGAAUUUGCCCAUUGUAAUCCCCACUUUUUGUUUCAACGGCCAAUAAUGUAUUGGCAUUUCUCUUUAA